UUCUAAGUCUUUUUUACUCUUGCAGUUCGAAAUUUUUUAUUUAUCUCGGUGACUCCUGUACAUUCACUUCAACCUCAUGUGUUGAUUGGAUUCGCUCAUUUUCUUUGUUUCGGCAAUGAGUGACACCGACCCGCUCUUGCGCCAACGAUUCCAAGUUUCCGACCCCCCUGAGGAGUCUGAAGUCCGUACGGAUGAGGCUGCUGCUGGGGAUGGAGAUGGCAAGACUCCCGACGACAUUGACGACAACUUGAGAGCUCAAGACGGGACCGACUCCGAGUGGGAAGAGAAGUGUGUGGAAGAAAAGGUGGUGGAAAAUGUCUCCAAAAAUGUUCCGAAGGGAACCGAUUUGGAGCCGAAGUAUCUUGAUUACGUUCUUGAUAAACUCCCCCCAAAGUGGAAGAAUUACAUGGUUCGUUUUCUCUUCACGUGGUUCAUGUUGGGCGGAUUUGGACUCUUGAUAGCGUUAGGUCCCCUCGCUCUGAUGUUUGCGACCUUGAUAGUGCAGGUCAAAUGCUUCGCAGAGAUCAUCAACAUUGGUUACAGUGUUUAUCGGAUUCAUGGGCUUCCGUGGUUUCGUUCUUUGAGUUGGUACUUCCUGCUCACGUCCAACUAUUUCUUCUACGGGGAAAGCCUUGUCGACUACUUUGGUGUGCUAAUCAACAAAACUGAUGUUUUGAGGGCUGUGGUCAUGUACCAUCGUUUCAUCUCCUUCAGCCUGUACAUUUUCGGUUUUGUCUGGUUUGUUCUCUCAUUGGUGAAGAAAUACUACCUUCGCCAAUUUUCGUUGUUCGCUUGGACUCAUGUUGCACUGCUUAUCUGUGUUACUCAGAGUUACCUGAUCAUCCAAAAUUCAUUUGAAGGAUUAAUUUGGUUCAUCAUUCCAGUCUCUAUGAUAAUCUGUAAUGACAUCAUGGCGUACAUGUUCGGAUUUUUCUUUGGCAAGACCCCGCUGAUUCAGUUGUCUCCGAAGAAGACCUGGGAAGGAUUUGUGGGAGGCGGGAUCUCGACUGUUAUUUUCGGUGCCAUAGCGGCACAUUUUAUGUCUCGUUACCAGUAUUUCGUUUGCCCCAUUCAAUACUCGGAGGAAGCCUCUGCUAUGGUCUUGGAAUGCGAGCCCCCACCGGUGUUCACUCUGACGAAGUAUCAGUUAUUUGGGCAUGGACCUGGAUUUUGGACCUAUCCAUUUGUUUGGCACUCGAUUGCCCUGUCGUUAUUCGCGUCCAUUAUCGGACCUUUUGGAGGAUUUUUUGCGUCUGGGUUCAAGAGGGCGUUCAAAAUAAAGGACUUCGGUGAUGUCAUUCCUGGACAUGGAGGGAUUCUGGACCGUUUUGAUUGUCAGUAUCUCAUGGCCACCUUCGUCAACGUCUAUUUGUCUUCUUUCAUCCGGACUCCGAGUCCUCAAAAGUUGAUGCAGCAGGUCAUGAAUCUCGGAAUUGACCAGCAAGUGGCAUUUUUCCAUGCGUUGGGAGCUUUGUUACGUCAGAGAGGGCAUCUACCCGAAAUCGACGGACUCCCUCAGCCAAAUCUUUGAGAAAACUAAAAGCAAAGAAAGGCAGUCCAUGUUUUGUGGUCGAAAGUCGAACGAUGGGCGUGAUCCGGCUGUAAACUGACCAUCGACAUGAUUUAUUGACACUAACGGCGGAAUCCUGAUUCGCAUUCUCAUUGGUUGUCAGUGCAAGUGGGCUUCGGGCACGUUCAGCUGAGCGGUUUUUCUGUGUUCCUCGGUUGAGUUCGAUUUUCAUUUGACGUGAAAUGGAAGGUCAGAAUUUUAAAAGUUGGAAUCAAAUGGUAUAUGAGUACAACUUAGUUUUAAUUUGAUCAAGAGCUCACUGGGCAUUCAUGUCUUUGAAGCUUGGAAUUUCAAGGUUGUGUUUUGAAUGUCGAAAGUUAAGGUUGAGGAAUAUUUUGGACCUCAUGUGCUGGCCCUCCUCGUAAUAAGGGGCGAGUUGAUAUUCUUUCAAGAUUUCAGCUUGAAAACAUUCACGUUUUCGAUUAAGAAAAAGGCAGACUUUACAGACAAAAAAACCGCUCUUCUGAAUCCUCCCGAGUAAACCUGAGACUUCCCUCCUACUUUUGCGGGGUAUUCGGAAAAUUUUCAAAUUUUUGCGAUUUCUCUCGAUUGGUGGUACCGGUGACAUCAAACGAAACGUUCGCGUUGUUUUCCUUUCAAGACGUCAUGUCCGUAUGUAUUUUGCACCUAGGUUGUGAUUUAAAAUCAAUAGUACAGAGAAAAUAUGGGGUAAACUCAUUGUAUUGGUCGUUUAGAACUCUCGACUGUCAGGGUGUAUACUUCUGAGAUAUUCUCACCAAAUAUUCAUGUGAGGCUUUGAUGUUGUGUGUUAUGCGUGUUCGGAAGGAACCGGUUCUUCAGGGCCGUCUUUUUCUUACCCUGAGUUUCCGUUUCGGUUUGAUUUCAUCUUUGGGUUUGCUCCUUGAAAACGUUUUUUAGUUGCGCACUUGUGUUAGAAGACGUUUCAUGAUUAUCGAACGCGAUUCCCGCAUUUUUUGGGUUGUGUUCACGAAAAGUGUGGGCGGCGAGAAUCACAUGGAUUGAUAUUCGAGCUCUGAUUUGAAUCAAAUGAGUUCAUUUAUGCGUAAGUUGUAUUUUGACACCAGUAGCCUCCCAACGAUUGAUGCUGCGUUACCUACUUGUGGUUCAAAUCAAUAAAUUGACCUUGCUGUGAGUUUCAAUGCUACGUUGAAUUAACUACUCCUGCUAGGCUUCUAUUCGAAUUUUUAUUGGAAAAAAAGUUUCUUCGCGUAGCCUCGAUAGUCAAAUUAUUAUUUUCAUCUUCGGAUCGGGAUUGACUUGAGAUUUUUUGGUUUUUCAAAUGUUCUCUUACCAAUUAUUUUUAGCUUUUGAAAUUCGCUCACAGCUGUGAAAGAAAUUGGUUAUAAAUUUUCCGGAAGAUUUAAGACUGUAAUCGAAAAUGAAAGAGGAACAUUUUGUUUUAAGGUAUCGACUUUAUUUUGUACAGAUGCAUUGUUGAAUCAAAAGAAUCCUUUUGUGAAGGCUUUAAACUUUUUGGAGAACAUUUUCUUGAUGGAUUUUGAGAAGUCUGAUAAUCUUGUGUAAAUAAAUAUUUAUCCCUUCCUGUCGCUAUUGACAAUUUUGGGCCUCAAUCGUAUUUGCUGUGCUUCUUUGUAGAACACGUCUUGGGCAAUAUUUGAGGUUUUCGUUGUUUUUUGUGUUCAGCUCCGAAAACAUUCCAGAAGUUUCUUUUCUUUUUGGAGCCAACAUCCUUCAAUUUUCGCGAGGAACUUUCUCGAACUCGUGCGGCCAAAUGUGAAAAGAAGUGUUAAUUGUGGUGCGACUGGGAUUAAAUAAACACGAACUUACCGCGUCGUCACUGGUGAUUAUACGAACACCAGGAACAGGUUGAUUCUUGUGUGAAA